AUGAGCCUUAAUUCCAUUCUUGGUAUAGCCGAUUUUGCACUGACUAAAGGCAAUACAAUUACUCCUUUGUGCCAAAAGGGAUAUUUUCCCUGUGGGAAUCUGACCAAGUGCUUACCACGUGCUUUUCACUGUGAUGGCGUGAAUGACUGUGGGAAUGGUGCUGAUGAGGAGAACUGUGGGGACACUAGUGGAUGGGCGACUAUAUUUGGCACAGUGCAUGGAAAUGCUGAUAAAGUGGCAUUCACACAGGAAUGCUUUCUAAACCAGUACCCACCAUACUGUGACUGCAGAUGGACAGAACUGGAGUGUGUAAACACUGGCGUAAAGUCUGUGCCUAACAUUUCCAGCAAUGUGACACUACUGUCUCUUAAAAGAAACAAAAUUCACAGUCUUCCAGAAAAAGUUUUCAUCAAAUACCCAGAACUUAAAAAGAUAUUUCUUCAGCAUAACUGCAUUAGACACAUAUCCAGGAAAGCAUUUUUUGGAUUACAUAAUCUGCAAAUAUUAUAUCUCAGCCACAACUGCAUUACAGCCCUCAGACCUGGAGUAUUCAAGGACCUGCAUCAGCUAACUUGGCUAAUUCUAGAUGACAAUCCAAUAACCAGAAUUUCACAGCAGCUAUUCACCGGAUUAAAUUCCUUGUUUUUCCUGUCUAUGGUCAAUAACUAUUUAGAAGCCCUUCCCAAGCAGAUGUGUGCCCAAAUGCCUCAACUCAACUGGGUGGAUUUGGAAGGCAACAGGAUAAAGUAUCUUACAAAUUCCACCUUUCUGUCAUGCGAUGCACUCACCGUGCUGUUUCUGCCUAGAAAUCAAAUUGAUUUUGUUCCAGAGAAGACAUUUUCUUCAUUAAAAAAUUUAGGAGAACUGGACCUGUCUAGCAAUCUGAUAAAGGAGCUACCAGCCCACAUUUUUAAAAACCUGAAACUUCUACAAAAACUGAAUCUGUCGUCCAACCCUCUCUUGUAUCUCCACAAGAACCAGUUUGAAAGCCUUGAACAACUUCAGUCUCUAGACCUGGAAAGGAUAGAGAUUCCAAAUAUAAACACACACAUGUUUCAGCCCAUGAGGAAUCUUUCUCACAUUUAUUUCAAAAACUUUCGAUACUGCUCCUAUGCUCCCCAUGUACGAAUAUGUAUGCCCUUGACUGACGGCAUUUCUUCAUUUGAGGACCUCUUGGCUAACAAUAUCCUCAGAAUAUGUGUCUGGGUUAUAGCUUUCAUAACCUGCUUUGGAAAUCUUUUUGUCAUUGGCAUGAGAUCUUUCAUUAAAGCUGAAAACUUGACUCACGCUAUGUCCAUCAAAAUCCUUUGUUGUGCAGACUGUCUUAUGGGUGUUUACUUGUUCUUCAUUGGCUUUUUUGAUAUAAAAUAUCGUGGGCAGUACCAGAAGUAUGCAUUGCUAUGGAUGGAGAGUUUCCCAUGCCACCUCAUGGGGGUCCUGGCCAUGCUGUCCACAGAAGUCUCUGUCCUGCUGCUGACGUACUUGACUUUGGAGAAGCUCCUGGUCAUUGUCUUUCCCUUCAGUAAUAUUCGUCCUGGAAAACGGCAGACCUCUGUCAUCCUCAUUGGCAUCUGGAUUGUGGGAUUUGUAAUAGCUGUGAUUCCAUUUUCAAACAAGGAUUAUUUUGGAAACUUUUAUGGAAAAAAUGGAGUAUGUUUUCCACUUUAUUAUGACCAAAGUGAAGAUAUUGGAAGUGAAGGAUAUUCUCUUGGAAUUUUCCUAGGUGUGAACUUGCUGGCUUUCCUCAUCAUUGUCUUUUCCUAUGGUGUUAUGUUCUGUUCCAUUAAAAAAACAGCCUUGCAGACUACAAAAGUGAGGCAUCGCAUUGGAAGAGAGGUGGCUGUUGCAAACCGUUUCUUUUUUAUCGUGUUCUCUGAUGCCAUCUGCUGGAUUCCCGUGUUUGUAAUUAAAAUUCUUUCCCUCUUCCAAGUGGAAAUACCAGACACAAUCACUUCCUGGGUAGUCAUUUUUUUCCUGCCAGUGAACAGCGCCUUGAACCCAAUCCUCUUCACACUCACAACCAGCGUCUUCAAGGACAAGUUGAAAGAGCUGCUACACAGGCAUCAGAGAAAAUCAAUUUUCCAAAUGAAAAAAAAAAGUUUAUCUACAUCCAUUGUGUGGGCAGAUGACUACUCUUCUGUUAAACUUGGGGUUUUGAACAAAUAA